CUGACCGCCUGGCCAAGAUGGCGCUGGCGUCCCGAGCGCGCGCUCUGCUCCCGGGGGCCCGGUCCUGGGGUGCCGUCCUGGCCAGAGUGACCGCGCAGCGCGCCAUGAGCCACCGGGUGGUGGUGGAGACGGACGCGGCGGCAGGGGUGGCUGUGAUGAAAUUCAGGAACCCCCCGGUGAACAGCCUCAGCCUGGAGAUGGUCACCGAGCUGGUCAUCAACCUGGAGAAGCUGGAGAAUGACAAGACCGUCCGAGGCCUCAUCUUCACCUCGGAGAGUCCCGGCGUCUUCUCCAGUGGCCUGAAUCUGCUGGAUAUGUACGGGCGGAACCCGGCCCACUACGCUGAGUACUGGAAAGCCGUGCAGGAGCUCUGGCUGCGGCUCUACCAGUGCCCCAUGGUGACUGUGGCCACCAUCAAUGGAGCCUGCCCUGCCGGAGGCUGCUUAAUCUCCAUGACCUGUGACUACCGCGUCAUGGCUGACAACCCCAAGUACACCAUCGGGCUGAAUGAGACUCAGCUGGGCAUUGUCGCUCCCUUCUGGUUUAAGGACACAUUGGUGAACACCAUCGGGUACCGAGCCUCAGAGAUAUCCCUGCAGUUGGGGCUGCUCUACCCGCCUGCCGAGGCCCUGCGCGUGGGCAUCGUGGACAAGGUGGUUCCUGAGGACCAGGUGCACAGCGCUGCCUUGGCAGUCAUGGCCCAGUGGCUGGCCAUCCCAGACCACGCCAGGCAGCUGACGAAGGCCAUGCUACGGAAGCCAACGGUGGACAACCUGGUGAGGCAGCGGGACGCAGACAUCCAGCAGUUCGUCAGCUUCAUCUCGAGAGACUCCAUUCAGAAAGGCCUGCAGAUGUACCUGCAGAUGCUGAAGCAGAAGAAGGCCUGAGGGGCCGCCUCCCCCUCAGGCAGCCCUCCUCCGGCCAGGGGCUCCAUGCAGUCUGCUGGUCUCCUUCCCGGAAGGCUGUCCUGGGGCCCUACCCCCUGUCCCUACAUGUGCCUUGUCUGCCUGGGAGGACAGUAAAACAUGACACCUGGACAGGGCCUGAUGCCCCAACCUGGGAAUCAUGAGGGGGCAGUGGGACCCAGAAUAUGCCCCUCCCCCCAAAGUAAAAUUGUGAAUAAAUUUCUCAGGCACCCUU